AUGGACCCCUCCAGACGGACAGGCCGCCGACAGCGUGGGCGGCUGGUCCGGAGCGAGCGAGUGGUCGAGUCCCACCCGCAGUUCACCGCCUGGGACGUCUUCAUCAGGGACAGCCUCCUCCAAAUCGCCUGGCCGAUAUCCCUCUCCUCCGACAACGAGACUGCCGACGCCCUCGUCAAGUCAAGGUUAGUCCCAUAUCAUCAUAUUAAAUAUAGCAACAAUUAUAAAGAAACAUGUUUUGACAACAUUCAAAAGAGUCCUGGUUUGACUCUAAAAAUGAGGAUCCUUGUUUCCAAUCUUGCUUCACUGUAA